AUGGUGGAAUGUGCAGGAAUAUUGCUAAUGAGUACAAGUGCACCUGUUGCGAUGGAUGCACCGGCAGCCAUGGUGAUCGAGGGAGGUGGACGGCUUUUUAAUACUAAGCGGACCGUAGGACCCCAAGCUUAUAGAAUAAAAUAUUUGAAGGUGAAUCCUGAUAGUCGGCUAUUAUGUGAAGAAUCACCAAAAGGCCCAAUUCCCCUAGGUAUGGAAAGUGGAGUUAUUACUGACUCGCAGAUCAGUGCAUCGUCCGUGCACAGUAAUAAACAUGUCCCACAAAAUGCUAGGUUACAUUUCAAGGGGGCCAAAGCUCCGUUGGCGUUUGUACCUGCUGGCUGGCGAGCUGGUGUGCGAAACACCAACCAGUGGCUGCAAGUGGAUCUUCAGCAAACCACUAGGGUAAUAGGCAUAGCGACGCAGGGGAGACAUGAUUGGGAUCAGUGGAUUACUAAAUACAAGCUACAAUAUAGCGAUGAUGGACAAACUUACAGUGUCUACCGGCGAAACGGUGACACAUCAGACACGGUUUUUCCAGGAAACACUGACAGGGACACAGUUGUGUAUCACGAUAUUAACCCGGUCAUUGAUGCUCGCUUCGUUCGAGUUCUUCCGAUGGAUUGGUUUGGCGCCAUCGGAAUGAGAAUGGAGCUUUACUCUUGUCAAAACGAAUAA